CUUUAUUGGGAGUUCAACGUUUUGUUUAUUUUCUUCUCACUCUGCAAACUGUCAAACCCGUGUUGAGUUGAUUUUGCUGCAUUUCCUUUAACUGAGGACACUAUGGCACAGUUUGAACUUUUUCAGAUUCAGACCGCUCUGGUCAUGUCUUUACUGACGGACUCUGCUAAACACGAGAUACGAAAGACUUUUACAUCCAGUCUCUCCAUCAAACCAAACGACACUCAGAUUCAGAUGCUUAAUUCCAUAAUGGACAGGUUUUCCAAAGAAGUGGUGCAGAAGAUUUGCAGUCUCUUCAGAUACUGUUCUUCUGGUGCACCAGUUCCAGCUCAAACAUGUUUGAAGGGUCGAGCCGAGCCGAAGAAGACUUCCUCUCACAUGGGCCGUGAUCUCAGUGGAGCAACCCAUGUCCAUAACCUAGAGAUUCAGGCAGAUGCUGUAACUCUCUCUGUGAGUCCUCUGAAGGAUCCUGCAACUACGUCUCACCAGCAACAUUCAAACACUGAACCUGCAAAGGAGAGUAAUGCAAGCAGACGUCUUAUGGUGGAGGACAGAGCAGAAGAAACCAUCCAGAAAAUAUCCAACAGUGACACUGAUGACAGGGUCUGGUCUGAAGAUCAGGAAGGAGUGUUACAGACAUCAACCAAUCAACCUGAAGUUUCACAAGCAAAAGAGUCUUUUGAAUGUGAACAGUGUGGAAAGGCCUUUCCAAAGAUGUUUUCUCUCAUGCUGCACAAACGUGUGCAUUCAAUCGUUAGACCUCACAGUUGUGAAAAAUGUGGAAAGAAAUUCACUCUGCUGAGAGCGCUAGAGACCCACCUUCGCAAACACAGGCAGGAGCUUGAAAAGAAGAAAUUUCCCUGCACUACUUGUGGAAAGAGCUUCAGAGAUCUCGCAGCGCACAAACUGGUCCAUGCGGAAGUCAAACCAUUUACCUGUGAUAUAUGCGGACAAGGAUUCACAAUCAAAAGAAGUUUAUACAUGCACCAGAGGGUGCACACGGGUGAAAAACCAUACAGAUGUGACACCUGCGGAAAGUGUUUCUCCCUGAUCGGCACGUUGAACUACCACAAGAGAAUUCAUUCGAAUGACAGGCCGAUAAAAUGCAGCCACUGCAAUAAGAGCUUCAAAUACCAUAAACUUCUGAAGCUCCACCUCCACGUGCACACGGGCGAGAGGCCACACACCUGCGACAUCUGUGGGAAAAGCUUUGCGCUUUCCGGGACUCUAAAACGGCACAUCCUCAUUCACACCGACGACAAGCCAUACGUCUGCGAGGUGUGCGGCAGAAGAUUCAACCAGAGAAGCACACUAAAAGGCCACAUGACAGUUCACGGAGAAAAACGAUUUAUGUGUGAAAUGUGUGGGAAAAAGUUCCAGUAUAAUUACCUCCUGAGGAACCACAUUCUAACACACAAUCAGAUUGGAAAUCCAGGCGAUAAGAGUAACGCUCAGCGCUGCGAUGUGUGUGGGAAGUUCCUGAGCUGUGCCUACACUUUAAAAGCUCACUUACAACUGCAUUCGGACAACAGCAAACCUUAUACGUGCACGUUAUGUGACAGAAGGUACAGCAGCAUUCCUUCCCUCCGGAUGCACGAGCAGCUUCACACGGGAGAGAAACCGUUCAAGUGCGAAAUCUGUGGUAAGGACUUUUCUCUAAAGGCUUCGUAUAAAACCCAUAUGUUUCUGCAUUCAGGAGAAAGACCUCACAAAUGUGUUUUGUGUGGGAAAAGAUUCAAGCUGUCGAGCUCUUUGAAGAUGCAUAUACGCACUCAUACUGGUGACAAACCGCACAAGUGUGACACGUGUGGGAAGGCGUUUCCUUUAUCGGGCAAUUUGAAAAGGCACAGGCUCGUGCACACCGGGGAAAAGCCAUUUACCUGUGACAUUUGUUUGAAGAGUUUCACACAGCCCAGCCAUUUGAAGGCACACAUGCACAUUCACACAGGCAAAAAGCCAUACACGUGCACUAAGUGUUGGAAAAGUUUUGCCUAUAAGAGAAAUUACAAAGACCACAAAUGUGCUCCACUUUGAGAGAUUUCAGACUGCUGAACUUGUAUCUGCCUACAGGUCCUUGGAUUUCAUGUAGGAUUGUAAAUAAUUUUGUGAAAGUUAUAAGAAAUGCUUGACUGUAUUAAUUUAUUUAUAAAAAAUAAUGUUUUCCUUGUCAUUUUGGAAAUAGUUGAACAUAAUAUUUGAAUUGUU